AUGAGAGGUGAAAAUAAUGGCGUACAAUCUUUCAUAUCAGCUGAAAAUCCUAGGUCCAUUUACGUAUGGUGCGGUGCACACAGACUAGCGUUGGUUGUUAGGGACGCUGUUUCUUUCUGUAUAAAUGCCAUCAAUAUUUUCUUCAAUUUAGAAGCGGCCUAUCCACUUGUCUGUAGCAGCAAAAAAAGAGUUGAAGCGUACGAAUUAUAUCAAAAAUUUAGAUAUCCAAAAAAUAGGAUUCGAAGACUAAAACGUGUGUCUAGUACACGGUGGAUGUCCCAGCAAAGAACUAUGCUGGCAUUAUUUGAUACAUACGAUGCUUUGUUGGAUAUCUUAGAGUACAUUUCCGAAGGUAAAGACACUGAAUACAAAGCCCAAGCUGAAGCUAAGCGCUUGCAUUCCUACUUUCAAUCCGAAGUCUUUCUGCUUACAGCAUUUCUAUUUAAAAAUAUUUUCGAAAAGUUGCAACCAUUAAAUCUACUGUUUCAAAAAAAAAAUGUAGACUUGCUGGCUGCUGCGAGUGUGUUUGACAAGCGCAAAGGGGAUAUAGGAAACCUGAGCUCUGACGGAACCUUUAAGCAGCUUCAACUAAAUUGCUAUAACUUUAAAGCAAAAAGCGCAGUUUCAAUUGUCACUUCACUUCCUGUUACUCGCGAGCGAAAGCGAAAGAAGAUGCCCGGAGAAUUGACAAAAAAGAUGAUCCAAUUGAAGAUGCAAUUGACUGCUUCAGAAUACAGACUUUUUACUUUUGCAUCGAUUUCAUAA